UGCAAUCAUGGGAGAAAACGAUUUCUUUCCCAUUGAAAGUAGCACCACCGAUCCGGCUACUCCUUCUCAACCUACCUUCACAGAAUUUGCUACUCAAAUGGCUGAGUUGAUGAAAACACAAGCAUCAACAUCGACUACGACUCCGACUCCGACAAUUACCUACGAAACCUCCUCUGCACAAAUUGGCAUUAAAUUGGAUGGCUCCAACUAUGCCUUAUGGUCUCAAGUUAUUGAGAUGUAUGUUGCUGGCAAAGACAAGCUGGGAUAUCUCAUUGGUGAACUCCCAGCACCUUCUCAGACACCCUCUACAUUCAACCGAUGGCGGACAGAAAAUGCAAUUGUGAAAGGGUGGCUAAUCAACUCCAUGGAGCCAAGGUUGAUUGGCAACUUCAUUAGAUUCCCGACGGCCAAAGGAGUAUGGGAUGCAAUAGCCACAACUUACUUUGAUGGCACUGACACCUCCCAGGUGUAUGAUCUUAAAAUGCGAAUCUCCCGUAUGCGACAAGGGGGAGGCUCGAUUGAAACUUACUACAAUGAUCUCCAAGGCUUAUGGAGAGAAAUCAAUUUUCGUCGUCCAAAUGAGAUGAAGUGUGAGCUGGAUAUCAAGAAAUACUAUGAUAUCAUCCAAGAAGAUCGAGUUUAUAUUUUCUUGGAUGGUUUGGAUGAUCGACUUGACAAAGCCCGAAGUGAUGUGCUCCAAAUGAGUCCAUUCCCUACAGUAGAGCAAGCCUAUGCUCAUGUUCGACGAGAAGAUAUUCGACAAGCUGUGAUGUUAGGAGCUCCAACACCAACCGGAGUAGGAUUGGCAACAAAAGGAACAUACCGACCCUCUCGCCCAACUAAGAACUCUUCAUCUUUUAGUGACUCAGGUAACUGUGGAUAUGUAUUUCAUACAUCAUAUACAAGUGACUCCACAUGUUGGAUUAUUGAUUCAGGAGCCACAGAUCAUAUGACGUUCGAUCCAACUGAUUUUCUAAGUACAACUACACCACAACGAACAAGUAUUGCCAACGCAAAUGGUGUUACCUCUCCCGUGGUCGGUGCUGGAACCAUUGGCCUCUCUCCAUCCCUUACUCUUCAAAAUACUUUGCUUGUCCCAUCGUUGUCUAAUAAAUUGAUGUCUGUUGGCCAAGCUACUGAGCAACUAAAUUGUUGUGUACUCAUGUAUCCCGACUUCUGUUUAUUUCAGGAUAUUCUCACCAAGGAGAUCAUUGGUCGUGGUACUAAGAGAGGGGGGUUGUACUAUGUGGAUGAUUUCAGUAUGGGAAAGGCACAUAGUGUGAAGCACUCAUCGACUUGGAAUGAUCGACAACUUUGGCUAUGGCACCGACAUUUGGGGCAUCCGUCUUUUGGCUAUAUGAGACAUCUAUUUCCAGAUUUGUCUUCAAAUUCCUGUACCACUGAUUUCCAAUGUGAUACUUGUAUCUUGGCCAAGAGCCACAGAGCCUCUUAUCCAUCAAGUACAAUGUUAAGUUUUGCAAGUGCUUGUGAUGGAUAA